AUGUGGCGUUUGGACGAGCCGAAGCUUCAUGCUCUGCAGCAGACGCUGAUCGAAGAGCUGAACCUGGUCUUUGUGGACUUGCAUGAACUUUGCGAACGAGGUGAUGCCGAAUGUGUCUGGAUCCUACUAUCUCAGGGGAUGAGCGUGAAACUGCGGGAUGCGGAGGGAGCCACCCUGCUACAGAAGGCGACCCACAGCGGGCGUGUACCAAUCUUGAGGCUCAUCACUGAGAAGGGUGGAAAUCUGAAUGCCAAGGGCUCGUAUGGGUACACGCCGCUGCAUGAAGCUUGCUACCUUGGAGACGGCGAGGUCUGCGAGUUUCUGCUUAGCUCGAAGGCCAACGUGGAUGCCCUGAGCAAGAAUGGCUCCACUCCAUUGUUGGUGGCCUCCAGGGAGGGCCAUACCCGCGUCUGCGAGAACUUGCUGAAGCACGGAGCUGAUGCGGAUGACGGCGGUGACAAGGGCUGGACGCCACUCUCUGUUGCAGCUGGUGAAGGGCAUGUGGAGGUGUGUGAAAUUCUGCUGAAGUACAAUGCGAACGUGCAGGGCUUCUCCACAGACGGGCGCUUCGAGCGGAGCGCUUUGCAGGAGGCCGCAGAGCAGGGACACGUCGGAGUGGUGAGUCUCCUCCUCGAGCACAAAGCAGAUGUGAACCACAGCUUUGACGAGGGCGGGGGCCAGCGCCGCCUCACGGCCUAUGAGCUCGCGGAGCGCGCUGGGCACACCAAGGUCUCAGAUGAUGACUUCGUGAAAGGUACUUGCCAGGGAAUGGAGCUCUUUGGCGCGAGCGAGGACCCUGACAAGCUCUGCUCCUACAGCACCAAGCAGCAGGUGGAGAUCAGGGACAAAUGGCUCGGCAUCAUCCAGUGCACCAUGCAGACUGCGAUGGUGACUUACAUCGUCUUCGGCAUCUUCAUCUACAACCAGGGCUACCUGGACUACGAGCCCUCUAGAGGGGCCAUUGCGACCCACGUGCACGGAGACUUCGUGGCGGUGAGCGGCAAGCCCAAGGUCCGGUACUUUGCCGCGGAGGAGAUUACCACUCCCGGCCUGGAGAACGGCAACGUCUUUGUGACCACGCGGCAAGCGCUCACGCACCAGAAGCGCGGGGUCUGCGAGGACAGAGACAUGCCCUGCGAGAGCGACGAGGACUGCCAUGCGCAGGUGGAUGGAAAGUGCUCUGAGAAGGGCUUCUGCAUCGAGCCCUCCUGGUGUGCCACGGAGGUGUAUCCUGCAGAUGUGUGCGAGCACGCACACUGGAACUUCUCGCCAGGACUGCAGAUGUCCGAGGAGGAGCAGGAGAGGAUGGUGAGCUCCAUGGAGAAGGGCACGUCGCAAGUGAAGGGGCCUCCAAAGUGUCGGCCGCUGUGCGUCCCUAUCUUCCUGGGUGCUGUGCUGUAUACGCAGUUCCUCCACGGCCUCUGCGCUCUCUUGCUGAUCCUAGGCAUCGCGGUGCCGCCUCACCUAACCGGGGAGCACCUGGCGGGCCUGGUGGGUGCUAGUGGCUCGCCUAGUUUCGCCACAACGGCGACCUCGCAUCCCGUGCUGGACGACACCUCCACCCCCGUGGUGUUCCUGUCCAACCAUAGGAGUUGGGGGGACUUUCUGGUGGAUGCUGUGCUUCUGGGCAGCCCUUCCUUUGUGUCGCGCUGGCUCGUGGCACUGGGGAUCCCCUUCUCGGCAGUCUGGGGCUACCUGCAGGGCUGGAUCUGGUUCUUUCAGCGUGGGAAGAAGCGCGCGGAGGGCACCGUGGAGUGGACCAUGCAGUUCUGGUCCGAGAGCCGCAAGGUCUACACCAACAAGGGCGUCGUGCUGUACCCGGAGGGCACUCGUAGUUUGGCCCCCGAGGGGCUUCCUCUGAAGCCUGGCGGACUCGUGGCGGCGCACAAGCUGGGCUGGCCAGUGCAGAUCGUCAUUACUUCCAACAAGGAGUUCAUCCUUGCCGAGAAGUUCUGCAGCAUCGGCUGUGGCACCAAGUGCGUCACCUCGGUGUCGGCGCCUCUCGAUCCCUCGCAAAGCCCCAGCCCAGAUGCAUUCAUCGAGAGGGUGCAGGCAGCUUGGGACGCCACCUGGAAAGAUGCCUACAGCGCGCCGGGCCUGGCGCGAAGCUCCCUGCGCCUGGCGGGCGCCAAGCCGCUGCCACUGCAGUUCUGCUUCGUGGGAACCCCGCGGGUGCAGGUGGCACGGGCGGUGCUGGUGCUGGCGCUGUACCUGAGCUUCCGGUAA